AUGCCUCCCGCUCAGCGCGGUGGCCGCCUCCGUGCCCUGGCCUUCCUCUGCCUCUGGGCACUGGUGGAAGCAAGGACCAGGACUUACUACCUCGGCAUUGUGGAGGAGAACUGGGACUACGCACCGUCUGGGAAAAACCUGAUCACGGGGCAAAGCCUCUUAGAGGACAAGUUUGCGAGCGUGUACGCUACAAGAGGAGCCAACCGGAUAGGACGUGUGUACAAAAAGGCAAUUUUUAGGCAGUUCACAGAUGACACUUACUCCCAGGAGAUCCCCAAAGCAGCAUGGCUGGGGUUCCUUGGCCCAGUCCUGAAGGCAGAAGAAGAGGAUGUCUUUAUCAUUCAUCUGAAAAACUUUGCUUCCCGCCCAUACUCUGUGCACCCACAUGGGGUCUUCUAUGACAAGGACUCUGAAGGAGCACUUUACCCUGAUGGAACUGGCGGUAAAAGCAAAGAGGACGACUUUGUUGUUCCCGGUGGAAAUUACACAUACACAUGGCCAGUAAGGAAAGAUUAUUCCCCAACUUUGGCAGACUCAAACUGCUUGACUUGGAUUUACCAUUCUCACAUUGACACACCAAGAGAUAUUGCAUCUGGUUUAAUUGGGCCUCUGCUGGUGUGUAAAAAAGGAACUGCAGAUGAGACCACAAUAGAAGGGACUGGUGCUGCUAAUGCUUUUGCCCUGAUGUUUAGCAUUGUAGAUGAAAACUUCAGCUGGUACCUUGAUGAGAAUAUAAACACCUUCUGCUUAGAACCAGACACAGUUGACAAAGAGGAUGAAGGUUUCCAGACCAGCAACCGAAUGCAUGCUAUUAACGGUUACAUCUACGGCAACCUGCCCGGCCUGGAGACGUGCGCUGACACCUCCGUGUCCUGGCACUUGUUCGGCAUGGGGAGCGAGAUCGACAUCCACGCUGCCUAUUUCUACGGGCACACGUUCAGCAGCAGGGACCAGAGGGCCGAUGUGGUGGGUCUCUUCCCGGCCACGUUCAUCACGGCGGAGAUGACGCCCGGCAGCCCCGGGAGGUGGCUGAUAACCUGCCAGGUCAACGAGCACUUGCGAGGUGGCAUGGAGGCACUAUAUGAUGUUCAGAUCUGCCAAAAAAACCUGUCUCAGCCUUCGCCAAUCAGUCACACGAGAAGAUAUUACAUCGCUGCUGAGGAAGUGCUCUGGAAUUAUGGACCUGACGGUUAUGAUAAAUUCACUGGGCAGGGUUUGAACGCCACUGGCAGUGAAUCUGCAACAUAUUUCACCCAAGGGACGGACAGAAUAGGAGGGCAAUACUGGAAAGUUCACUAUGUGGGAUACACUGAUGCAACGUUCAGUAAGAAGACUUGGUCAGAGGACUUGAAGCACCUGGGAAUACUUGGCCCUGUUAUAAAAGCUGAAGUGGGAGAUACAUUGCUGGUUACUUUUGCCAACAAAGCCAGAAGAAGCUAUAGCAUUAUGGCCCAUGGUGUAAGCUUCAGCAAGCUGUCAGAAGGUGCUCCCUACUUAGAUGGCUACCUGAAGCCAGGAGCCCACGUCAGGCCAGGUGAAACCUUCACCUACAAAUGGAGGGUGCCUGAGAAUGGAGGUCCAACAGAGAGUGACCCCCCGUGCCUGACCUACCUGUACUAUUCAGCCACUGAUGCUGUCAAGGACACCAACUCUGGCCUCGUGGGACCUUUGCUGGUCUGUCGGAAGGACGCCCUGAAUCACGACGGGACACAGAAAGGAAUAGACAGAGAAUUUUACCUCCUCUUUUCAAUCUUUGAUGAGAAUGACAGCUGGUAUCUGAACAAGAAUAUUGAAGCAUUUACUGGAGACCCUUCAAAAGUAGAUGAAAAAGAUGCUGAUUUCAUGGAAUCCAACAAAAUGCACGCUGUCAAUGGUUACUUGUAUGGCAAUCUGCCAGGCCUGGCCAUGUGCAAGAAUGACAAAGUCUCCUGGCACCUCAUUGGGCUGGGCAGCCACUACGACAUGCACGGGGUUCAUUUCCAAGGCAACACCAUCGACUUGAGAGGGACGACAAGGGACGGGCUGGCCUUGUUUCCUCAUUUAUCAGGGACUGCACUAAUGCAGCCAGACCGUGUGGGCACGUUCAAAGUGGUUUGCAGGACUUUUGAUCACUUUGUUGGUGGGAUGAAACAUCUCUACGAGGUCAGCAGCUGCCACAACACCACCCAAGCCCAGCAGCAGCGUGGGGCCAUGAGGCUCUACUACAUUGCUGCAGAGGAAAUUGAGUGGGACUAUGCCUCAAAUAAGAGCUCAGCACCAAAGAUUUACAACAUCAGCAGCUAUGAGGAAAGCUAUGGGCAUGUUUUUCUGAGCCAAGAAGAGGACCAGAUUGGUUCAAAAUACAAGAAGGUGGUUUACAGGGAGUACACAAGUGGCAACUUCACACAGCACAAAGCGAGGACAGAAGAGGAGGAACACUUGGAAAUCCUGGGGCCAUUACUCCAUGCCGAGGUCGGUGACUCUGUACUCAUUGUCUUUAAGAACAAAGCCAGCAGGCCUUACUCAAUAAGUGCACAUGGUAUAGAAGAAGUGGGUUGUGAAGAACAGCCUGAGACACCAAUUACCCUCCCUGGGGAAAUAAACACCUACAGGUGGAACGUCCCAGAACGAUCUGGUCCUGGUAAAACAGAUCCGAAUUGUAUCACUUGGGUUUAUUAUUCAACAGCAAAUUUUGUCAAGGACACAUACAGUGGUCUGAUUGGGCCUCUUGUAGUUUGCAGAAAAGGAACUUUAGAUGAAAGAGGUCUAAGGAAAGACAUCGAUCGUGAAUUUACUCUUCUGUUUAUGGUGUUCGAUGAAAAUCAGUCCUGGUAUUUGAAAGACAAUAUUGAAACAUACCUUCACAAGAAUCCUGAUGAUUUUAAUUCCACUGAGAACUUUGUAGAAGGCAACAGCAAGCAUGCAAUCAAUGGGAAGAUUUACAACAAUCUCUUGGGUCUAACGAUGAAUGAAGGUGAUAGGACAAACUGGUACUUGAUAGGAAUGGGCAAUGAAGUGGAUAUCCACACAGUUCACUUCCAUGCACAGACCUUCAUCUUCAAGACAGAUAAGGACCACAGAGGAGACGUAUAUGACCUUUUCCCUGGGACUUUCCAGACAGUUGAGCUCGUAGCAGAGAACCCUGGAACGUGGCUUCUGCACUGUCAUGUGGCCGAUCACAUCCACGCUGGCAUGGAGACAACCUACACCAUCAAUAAAUCAGAGAGAAGAGAGUGGGAAGUUCCUUCAGAAGGAGGACACACAACUGGAGCAUUCAAUACAACUACUGCAACAAAUGGAACCACUACAAAGGAUGAUGACAACAGAGUGGGCAAUUUUUUCGGCAAAACUUUGAGUCCUGGAGAAGCCAGCCUGAUACUUGCAGCUUUUUUUUGCAUCGGACUUGUUCUACUGUCAACAGCAUUAAUCUUCUUCUGCUUCAUCACCCACCAAGGAAAUAGAAUCCAUUACACAGCUCUGCAUGACAAAAGUGCUUUUCUGGCAGAUUCCCUGUAAAUCCCCACUUUUAAUAGCGUUCACAGGGACUCACUGGAUUUCACGACAUAGAACCAUAAAACCAUUAAGGCUGGAAAAUACCUCUAAGAUCAUUGAGUCCAACCAUCAACCUAAUACUGCCAGACCACAUGCUGCUAAUAAAAGUGGAGCAGGGCAUAUGCUGUCAGUCCUACCCCAUGGCCAGUGCUCACAAGAGUGAACAUGAGCUGUAGGGCUCAGCUCCAAGAGCACACCUCUUGGCAUCCAUAGGCAUCCAUAGGGUUUUCACAGGCAGAACGGCAUUCGUGUGCUCUGUGUAGAAACAUGGGGUUCACACUAGGAAAUAAACACCACCAGGGACUGGCUUAAGUUGUCAGCUUCUGAAGGAGCAGGUGCUAAUCUCAAAGUCCCUGCAGUUUCCCAAAGUUUGGCUCAAUGAAUUCACCACCAGUCAAGUGAUUGUCCCUUUUUAUUUUUCCUUUUAAAUGAGGAAACUCUGCACCAUGGACAGAUUCCUGAAAACCUACAAAUAAAUUUCAGCACCUGACAGGUUCAGCAGUGCCCCUGCUGUUAGUUUCUAACAGCUUUUUCCAUCUCUAAAAAUCUAGUCCUGAACAACCUCCAAGAGAUUAAUUGACUUUGUAAAUGCUGCUUUUUAUGUCCUGAUUCGGUAUUUCUUCUUUGCACUGAGCAACACCUCUCUCCCUACCUGCAAUGAAGGCACCAGGAAGAUGAUCUCUGUGCUCUGCGAGGCAGACAGACAGAAUCAGGACAUGUUUAGUGAUACUUGGAUGUUUAUAGCUCAUUUUUUGUUAGGCUGUGUUCGUUCUUGCCUGCUCAUACCUGCCAUAGCUCUUGCAGAGGAAUUCCAGAACAAACACCUUUGUAAAACUGUUUACACAAAUUUGAUUUUGAAUGUAAAUCCAAGUUGCUGUUUUGGUUUUUUUAAAUUUUAUUUUUUCCCCUUCUUCUACUUUCCACAUAAUUUAAAUUACGUUCAAAGGUAGGAAAUUUUACUGUGCAACAUUCUUACUGUAUCUUUAGUGUGUCCUACAUUGACGUCCAGUCAAACAAUAUGUUGAAGGUUCUUGGAUGUUUCUCAGUAAUUUCUUUGUUUUCCUCAGUCAUUUGAAAGCACACAGAUAAAGUAGAAAUGAAGGGCAGAGCCCUAAUAGAAUUUGCAUCAUAUCAACAAACAAAAUUUCCUUCUCAAAAUCUCCCAUUUGAGCUGCCAAAAACAGAUAUUCUAAACCCUUUCAUCUUCCUGUCCUGUAAACAUUGAAAUUGGGGUCUCUUGUUCUGUGCAAAAAUACUGUCUGUGCAGAACUUUUGUUGUCUGUGUACAUACAAAAUUAAAGCCUUUCACUUAAAAUGCACUGUUAAGAAAGGGAAUUAUUUGGUACUUCACUUCUAAGGUAGCUAAUGU